AACCAGAGAGAGAGAGAGAGAGAGAGGGAGAGGGAAAAAGCCAUCCUCCCUCCUGUAGAUCCAUCAGUAGGCAGGCAGGAGACGGAUGCAAGCUCUCCUCCCUCCCGCUCUGUUGCAUUCAUCCAUUCUCUUAACCCUCCAUCCAUCCAUCCCUCCAUCCACCCAUCUCUCCAUCCACCCAUUCACUCCCAAGGGCGUCACAAGGGGGUGACACAAGACCCGACCGAAAGGCGCAUACAUGUAUGCGCGUGUAUGCGUGAGUCCUCCGUGUAUGUGCGUCUGGUCUGCCCGUGGAUCCGCUGACAUGAGGAGCUGAAACAGAACCGAACAGGAGGAUGAAAAUGCUCCGGUUUCGCAGCCCCAGCAUCCGCUCCUUGGACCAGGAGGUCCUCUGCACGAUCCGGUUACUGGACGACUCCGAGAUCUCCUGCAGCAUCCAGAGAGACACCAAAGGCCAGUUCCUGUUGGACCAUGUGUGUAACCACUACAACCUACUUGAGAAAGACUACUUUGGUAUUCGAUAUGUGGACCCCGAGAAACAGAGGCACUGGCUGGAGCCCAAUAAGCCCGUGGUGAGGCAGAUGAAGUCAGCUCAGCAGCCGUAUACGAUGUGCUUCCGGGUCAAGUUUUAUCCCAACGAGCCAAUGAAAAUCAAGGAGGAGCUCACCAGGUAUCUCCUGUACCUCCAGCUGAAGAGAGAUAUCUACCAUGGUCGUCUCCUCUGUCCUUUUGCUGAAGCUGCAUAUCUGGGAGCCUGCAUUGUACAGGCUGAGCUCGGGGACUACGACCCAGAGGAGCACCCAUCAGACUACAUCAGAGACUUCAAGCUGUUCCCUAAACAAUCCCUCAAACUGGAGAGGAAGAUUAUAGAAAUACACAAGAACGAGCUCAGGGGCCAGUGUGCUGCAUUAGCAGAGUUGAACAUGCUCCAAAGGGCUCACAGCCUUGAAACGUAUGGAGUUGACCCUCACCCAUGCAAGGAUUUUACAGGCUCCACAGCCUUUCUUGGGUUCACAGCCACAGGGUUUGUGGUCUUCCAGGGAAACAAGAGGAUCCAUCUCCUCAAAUGGAAUGAUGUUAGCAAGCUGAAGUUCGAAGGGAAAACCUUUUACGUCAUUGGGAUACAGAAAGAGAUCUCCUUAACAGGCAGGAUUCACUGUAACAGGAUGAAGAAACUGGUGUUGACAUUUCACACCUCGACCCCUGCAGCGUGUAAGCACUUAUGGAAGUGCGGGGUGGAGAACCAAGCCUUUUACAAGUGUGCAAAGUCAAGUCAGAUAAAGACUGUUUCUAGCAGUAACAUCUUCUUCAAAGGCAGCAGGUUCAGAUACAGUGGAAGAGUAGCCAAGGAGGUGAUAGAAGCCAGCUCUAAGAUUCAGAGAGAGCCACCAGAGGUGCGCAGAGCCCAGUUUGGUCAGAGUCGAAGUUUUAACUCUCUGAGCCAUAAAAACCUCAUCAUGAACAUGGAACCGCUGGUACCUGCACUACCCUCCACCAACGAGUAUGAAGAGACAGCCACAGAUAAUGGUGUUGUUGCUGUGAAGGACUCUGCCCCCUUGUCUCCUCUCAAACCUUCAGCCGGAACUGCAGACGCAGAGCAACAAGGUACUGAACGAGGAAACUCUGCUGUAGGCAACGACCUGCAGCCUCCCCGUGUUUCCAUGGAAACUUCAAAUCUCCGACCUCAGACGCCCAAAGCUGAAGAUGAAGUGGAGGAAGAUGACGAGGCCAGCGGCCCACUCACCAUUUCUGAGCUUGUCUACAGCCCCUGCGCCAGCAUGCUUCCCACCCCAGUGGAUGACAGUCAGGGAGGCGUCGACUUGCUCUUCUCCUCUCCAGUGCAGAGCCCUGCCAGACUGCUGAGGGAGCUCCAUGCAGACCCUGACAUCCAGGCCCAGCUGGAGGCUGAGAGGGAGCGAGAUCGGGUCUAUGAACGCACCCGACUGGCUGCUAGAAGUCGAAUGGGUGGGGUCCUGAGCAGCAGCCUGCGCCUGCUGUCGUCCAAUGAGAGAGUCAACGCAUGUGUGCUGAGUGUGGCCCGCUUCGUUGCCGUGGUAAUGGGCGUCCUGCUCGUCACUGUACCCACACUGCUGCUACUGCUUGAGUCAGACAUCGACGUGUCGUUCCUCCACGAGAUCCGCCAGACGCCAGAGUUUGAGCAGUUUCACUAUGAGUAUUACUGCCCACUUCGGCGCUGGAUCCUGUGUAGGAUCAGCAUGGCCAUGGAGAACAUCUGGUCAGACUGAAGAGGAGAAGGAGGAGAGGGGAAAGGAGAGAGUGAGGAGUCACAAAAAUGCCCAAAUGUCUGUCUUAACAUGUAAUUUCAUCUUGUCUUAACAACUGGUGUCUCUUGACAUAAAAAGAGCCAGUCUGCCAAUGGGAUGAAAUGAAUUCACUUGUUUAAGAUCAAAUUCAAUUUAUUUUAUGAGCGGGUACACAAAACUGUGGUAGGCUUUAUCAUAAAUAGUCAGCGUUCCCAGGAUGAGGACGUCUCUGUUUGAGUUACAUUGAAACAAGUACAUUUGUUUCACCUGUUUGGCAGCAUAAUUUACUGUCUCAAAGAAGAGAGAAAUAAGAUUUUAAACAUAGGAUCCAAUCACUUGUUAAGAUAGACACUUCUGGCGGUGAUGAACUGAAAAGAAAGAGGACAAGAAAAGCUGCAAGUGCUCAAGGGAGAACCUGUUGAAGGGAGAGAUUGCCAGGGUCAGAGAAAUAGUCACGACAAGAUUCGGAAAAGAAAAAAGUGGUUGGUUUGGUUUUAAUAGAAGUUUUAAUGGUCUGUUCACUCCUGAUGCUGACAAGCUGUUGCAAAGACUCUUUGGUAAAAAUCACCAACUAUUCUGAUUGGUUCUCGCCCUCAGAGCGGAGCACCUGAUUGGUCCCAGAGCCUGUCAGUCAUGACGGAGUUGGCAGGGACAGAAAGAGAAAUGAUUUAUUUGUCACUGAACGCAACAAUAGCCACAGUCAGAGGUACAAUAUAUAUAUUUAAAAAGAAAAGAGAAAUAUUGAUAAUUAAUACCGAUCUUAAAUAAGUUGUUUUUAACGUUUUGUACAUUUUUAUGUGAUCCAGAACUUUCAGGAAUUUUUCAGUCAGAGGAUCUACUUUGAGCUUAUUUUGAAAUUAAGAGUUUACAAAAGAUUACAAAAAAAAGCAAAUUUAUUGAAGUUUAUCGGGGUGAUGGGUGUUGAGAAAAUUUUAAGCUAUUUUUUAAGACUACCGUCAGCGUUUGUUGACUCGGUAGCACCCUGGGUUUUUCCUACAGAGGCUAUAGCACAAAUAUUUUACACAGACCACAGAUUACAGCUGUUUCAGAUUAUGUGAUGUCAUUUUGGAAACAGGAGGGUGGCAACAGAGAAACUUUAGUCUGUUUGUGAUGAUGUGUUUUGUUGAACUUCUAAACGUCUUCAGAGCUAAGUGUAAACUCACUAAUCAAGGCAUCUUUCAGUGUGUUUUAAGACAGUUUUAACAUAAAGCGUAUAGGGAAGAAAAGGUUAUUUGUGGGCUUAUGAGAAGAAGUGGAAAAUAGUGUUGUUUGUCAAUGGUGUGGAGCUCUGUGUGUGUUUCAGAUGGAUUUGAAGUGAUGGUGUAUUCAAAAUGCCACCGAGGAACAGGUGUCCAACCACACUGCUGGUGCGUGUCACACAAAUGGACAAGUGAUGCGUUUAAUGGUCUAAAUCUCUCAUACAGGUCGCUCUCUGGUCGUUGAUGUUUUGAUCAGACCGAAUGAACGUGGUAGGAGUACAGUUGCAGGUAUUUAACUUCAGAUCAGCAUUUAUGUCACCAAAUCAAAUUAGAAAUGAUUUGUAGCCAUUUCCAAGAGGAUCUGUGAUAACAUUAUGUUGAGCAUCCUGUGUUUAUCAUUUAAAUGACUGCAACUGUUUACACCCUUAAACAGAGUACAGGACGGUAAUUUUCUCAUUUUUACGUCAGUGACCGACAAGUUGUCAGGAGUUGUGGAUGGGGAAUAUGUUUCAAAGUUUGAGUAGAUAUAAAGAUGUGUUCAUGGACAUUCACUGUUGAUAUGGUUGAGGUUCCUAAAAAGUUGGGAGUCAAAGAUGAACAAUUUCAAACACAAAACUGAGAAGGGAUGCAAAAACAAGAUUUAAAACAUCUUUAUGUGGUACACAAAAUUAGAACAAAUAAUGAACUUUACAUUGUCACUUUAUAAAGUUAAUUUGUGUCAAAAUAUGUUGGUCUUUGUUUUACAGUAUAUAAUUUUUAUCUAUUUUGACAAUACACAAAGGUCACAGUGUGAAACUGAGACGUAACCUUGUGACUUAAUCAGACCUGUAGCUCUGAUGAGAAAUGCAUCAGUCACUUUUGGGAACUGACAGCCAUCGCCAUGUGAUUGUUCAUCGUAUAGACAGUGCCUGUCAGUUGUAGUAUAGAGUGGCUCUGAAUGGAGAGGAGAACAGAGAGGUGCAGCAGUGAGAAAUGACUUGAGAUCAAAUGAAAACAGAUGUUUUAUUUAAAAAAAAAAAGUUUUGUUCAAGAUGUAGUUCGAUUUGGAUCAACUUCUCAGGAAAGGGCAUUAGCAGUUUAUGUUCAAAAUACAAAUAUAUGUCUAAAGAAAUACAGAAAAUAUAUAAAAAUAAAGAAUAUCACAGCAUACACCAUAUAGUUUAUCCAUAACAUGCAUACAUGUCUUGCUAUUAUGAAUAUCCAAACACUGUAUGUAUUCAUACUGAGUCUGCAGCCAGACGUAAAUAUGCCUGCAGACUGUCUGUGUUGCUGUAGCCUCAUUUGACUCAACUACGUAUACAUCCAUGUCAUUAUAAUGAAAACAAAAAGUCUUGACUGUUGAGAGCCAGCAAUCGCAGUCUGGUCAUCAUAGCUGAACCUCUAUAACUGCACUCUGGCGCUGAGCUCUCACAGUAUUUAGGCUCUUAUAAAGCACUAACUUUAUUUUCAGACUCACUGUCCACACUCUUUGGCUGCUACAGAGGCUUCUGCAGCGCACCUCACCACCAACGCCCUCUCAUUAUAAUCGAUCAAAUGUUGCUGCCUCAUAUUACCAGCUGUGUUGUCAUAUAACUCUGUAGACUUUAUGCAUUAACAAGCUUUAUGCAUAUAGAAAAUAUGCAGUAACGACAGAAACACGCUUAUUUGGGACAAAGCAUUUAUUUUCCUACUACAGUACAUGCACUGAGUUUCGAUGAUGAAACCAAGCGAAGGGCCAAACCACUAUGAUGACGACGUUUGCAUUUAACAUCACAGACUCUGAGAUAAAAAACAGCUUCACUGUAGUGGAUGGAGCUGAUUUGUAUGCACUGCUAAAUGAUCACCAUCAUCAUGAUAACUAACAGAGGGGGGGUAUCAUCAUGAACUGUCAUCCUCGUCUUAGCUGUUGCUCCUCCACAUGCACCAAAAUGCUUGAGCGAUUCACUGUAGAUUUAAAAUAAAAAAUACUUUGUAUAGACUUCCUGUACACAGCUGUACAGACAUAGAUUGUCCCCGGCUUUUGGUCCUUUAUUUCUGUGCUUCAUCCUCCUCUUAACUAACCCGGGGUAUCUCUCACUCGCCUCUUUUUGCUGACCUCUCAAUGCAAAUUGUAUGACCUCAUCUGUAAAUACUGUGUUUAUAGUUGUGGCAAGAAAACCCAAUCUGGGUAAAGAUUUCCUUUCUCUCUUCCCUCUGCGUGUCUUGUCUGUGUAAAGCAAUUUAGAUAUAGGCUUGGCUGUCUUGACCAUCUUAAAUGAAUGCAUGUUCUCUGUGUUUUUACCAAGACGAGGAAGGGGAAAAAAGAUAAGAGUUUGAGACAUUAAAAAGGCUUUUCUCUCAAUCAACAUUAGGCAUUUAAAAACCAAACACAUCCUUGCAGUGUGCUUUGGACUUCAUUUUAAUUACUGAUUUUACAAAACUGAAUAAAUGUGGUUGCUAAUUCUGUUAGCUUCCAUUCGCUUGAUCCAAAAACAAAAUAAGAUUAUGAAUUAUGUCUCAGCACGAAAGGGAAAUCUUCUUGACGGCUGCUUGGAAAAGAUCACUUUACAAUCUUUUAAAAUGCAGCUCUAAAAUGUUUGACUAGUUAGCUUCAUUGUGCUUUUAUUCUGUGUGUGUGUGUGUGUGUGUGUGUGUGUGUGUGUGUGUGUGUGUGUGUGUGUGUGUGUGUGUGUGUGUGCGCGUGUGUGUGUGUGUAAAUCAUUAAAGCCAGACGCUAAAUGCUAACGCUAACAUCUAACCUCAUUACUAACAGAGCAUGCUAUUAACUGAAUCAAUUUAAUUCAGAAGCAUUAAUUGUUUAGAUGUGCAGUUUUUAAGAUGUUUAGAGAACACUGAACCGAGAAUACACCUCAAUUCAUCGCAAACAACUAAAGGCCUUUCGGUUCUGUGAUAAAACAGACCUUUGGCCCCAUACGACACUGUAGCAUUAUUAUAUUAGUUUGUAGCUCAUUUAUCAGUUAAGCAGCCUUUAUGAGUUUAAAAGGGACUUUCACCCCUUUGAGAUUUAGCUCUUGUUUUGAGCUACUGAACUUGAGUUCCUGUGUUUUACAAACAGCAUAUAGAUGGACCGAGAGUACAACUUUUGUUGCCUGUACUUCAAAAAACUGUGAUUAAAAACAUCGUCCAGAUCACGCACCAGUUGAUGUCAUAUCUGAGGUAUUACUUCAUACAAAUCCAGAAGUUUCUGACAUGAGUCAAGUAUUUACAAACCUUAAAUUUAAUUGCCUGCCUUUAAGUAUCAGUGAAAAUAAACCCAACAAAAAUGCUUUAAAGUCAACCAACACCUGGAAUUCAAACCUGUUUCAACCUAAUACACAAAUACUGCUUUUAAUUAAUUUAUUUAAGAUUUUAAAUAUUUGAACUCAGGUCUACUAUAUGCAAAAUUAUUGGACAUCACAUGGUAUAAGAGAAAAAUAAGCUGUUGUUUAGUAUAUUAUUUCACUGUUGUGUGGGCAUGUACAGUAGCAGAUUCUAUUGCACGGUCACUUUGUUGUUUUUGAUUGUUUGUCAAACUGAUUGUUUUGUUGUUUUUAGUUAGUCAGAUAAUUUUAUUUAUUUUUUUGUCAUUCAGUCUCUUUUAAUAAGAAACUCUGGGAGAUUUAAUUUCAGAAGAAUCAGAAAAAAUAAAAAAAAUCCCUAAAGUAAUGACCCCCUUUCUUCUUCUGGGACAACCAAGCCUUAUAAACUUUGUGAAGUGAAAAUUUUGAAUGUUUGUAUGUUAUAAAAGAAAACAUGGAUUGUUUUAUAUGUUAAUACUGCCACAAUAAAGCUCCCUAAUGAAUAUAUAUUGAAA